AAUUCGACUUAUUGGAGGAGCUACUCCCUAUGAGGGCAGAGUUGAAGUUUACUACAACGGGGAAUGGGGAACAAUUUGUGAUGAUGGUUUAGAAAACAGUGGUCAAGGGAAUUGGAAUAACUCUUUUUCUAAAGUGAUAUGCCGAUCUUUGGGAUAUUCCUCGCAAACUACAGUGAGUUUUUGUUGUGCACGUUGUGGAGUAGGAACAGGUCCUAUAUGGUUGGAUAACGUUCGAUGCAAUGGAUACGAAUCAUCUGUUGAGGAAUGUUCACAUCUUGGUUGGGGCAGUCAUAACUGUGGACAUUACGAAGACAUGGCUGUCAACUGUUUUCCAGGGGAGGGUACAUCGUCAAUAUGUACACAAUUACCAACGACACAGAUCACAGGAGAGACCACCACACCGAUGACAAGCACGAGGGUUCGUCUUGUUGGGGGGAGCAGUCCUUAUGAGGGCAGAGUGGAGGUGUAUUACAAUGGAGCAUGGGGGACAAUUUGUGAUGACUAUUAUUUAUUUAAUGCUGGUGGAUCGAAUAACAGUUUCUCCAAAGUAAUAUGCCGAUCUUUAGGUUUCCCCUGGCAAAUAUCUGUGAGCUAUUGUUGUGCACGUCAUGGACAAGGAACUGGUCCUAUCUGGCUAGAUGAUGUACAAUGUAUUGGAAAUGAAACAGAUAUUUCAGAGUGUGUACAUAUCGGCUGGGGCAACCAUAACUGUGGACAUCAAGAGGAUGUUUCUGUCAAUUGUCUACCAGAGAAGGAAAUGUCAACAUCCAUACCAACAGCACAUGUCACAUCACACACAACCACAACAGAGACGGCUACAACAGAACAGAGAAUGCCAUUCACUCCCAUUCGUCUAGUGAAUGGAAAUACCCCGUAUGAAGGUAGAGUGGAGGUAUAUCACAACGGAGAAUGGGGGACUAUUUGUGACGACAUCUGGGAUAAUCAAGAUGCUACAGUGGUCUGUCGAUCGCUUGGAUUUUCUACUUCAACAGCUUUACAUAGUGCUUAUUUUGGUCAGGGAAACGGUUCUAUUUGGAUGGAUGAUGUUCGUUGUGCUGGAACAGAAACAAGAAUUGAAUACUGUAAUCAUUACGGCUGGGGAAGACAUAACUGUCGCCAUUAUGAAGAUGCAUCCGUACGAUGCCUGACAGGAUUAU